AUGGCUGCAAGCACGGCGAAUAUCUCUACGCGGGUGUCGUUGAGAUGGCCGCCAGAGCCCGCGUUCGAGACGACCGACACGGCCUCGCUCUCGGUAGGCGGAUGGUACGUCGACCUGCGGAUCGAGCGUGAGUCUGGCAAGGUCGAGUGGGCGAUGGCGGGCCAGAGAGUCGUUGAGAGCGAGUCUCCGUCUAUCGUCGUGUUCACUCACGCCAUCGACUCGCUCCAGCUGUUCGAUACAGCAGAUAUAGGCACCUUCCAGAAGCUGUCUAAUGGAGAUGACCUAGAAAUGGGCAAGAUGAUCCGCCACGACCUACCGGGAGCUCCAUAUUGUGAAUAUGAAGAGCUAUGGCGAAGUCUCGACAUUCCCACGUCUGUGCCGAAGGGACGUGGAUAUGCAUGGAUUCUCGAGUCAGAAGAGAUGCUCCCUAGCAUCACAGUGCUCGGGCAAGAAGAGUAUAAGGGCGCAAAGGUGGUGAAGACGUUCUUGGGCCGUGUGCCAGGCCACUACAUCGCUCUGAGACAGACGCAGUGGUACCAAGAGAAGCAGGUCGAUGGGAAGCCAGCCGUGACCAAAGUUGGAGGAGAGGUGUCCGGUCGGCGAGAGAUGUGGGAUGCCACCACAGGACAGAACGCUGCCGUCAAGUAUGCCGUCGGCGCCGAGUGUGAUAGGCUUCCAUCUCUGGUGGCCGCCGGCGAGAGCCUGCAGUUCAGCGGCGAGGGAGAAGGGCUUUGGCGAUCGCCUGGUCGAGCGGUUAUCGUUGACGGCACGAAGUUCCUCGUCCGGGCUUUCGAAGAACUACCUCAAAGUAGAAGUGUUUAA